CAAGUUCCUAUAGCGCCAUAGAGGGGUGAAAAUAAUUACGGAGUAAUGAGAGUUGAGGUGGCGUAAUCCAUCGGCUGAAAUGUUUUCUCAUUAUUUUAUUGUUUUUUAUUUAAAUAUAUAAAAGAUGCGCAGCAGAGAGGGAGAUUGAAAAGAUUCAUUAAGAAGUUGGCUGCUGGAAAAGAACAUGAUUCCUCCUCUUCAAGGCUGGAGUAGAAAAAAAGGAGGAACCUAUAAACCUUGAGUCUUUGAAGAUUAGUGUAAAAUUAGUCUUUCUCGAUAUAUCUCAUGAAUCUGAAGCCUUUUAAAAUGCAAGACCUUGGUGAUGGUGCCUCGGAGAAGAUUUUGGUCCAUUCAAGAUCUAAUAGUUUGGAUAAUUGGCAAUCAUGGUGGAAUUCUAGUGGAUUACUUGUUCAAAAGCCUAACUGUACCCUGAACUUGAAUACUGAUAUCAACUCCCUAGCACAACAAGCUAAUGAGAUAAAGCAACUAGGGUAUCAUAAGUCCGAGUAUGAUUUGUUGUCGACUCAAUCAACAAGUCGAUCCCAUCAAGAAGUAUCAGGAACAAGGGGAAGUAAACUUCAGGAGCAGUGUCCCUCCACUCAAUCUGGUGAUGAUAAUUCACAUGAGAAGCAAGUUCAGGUUCCUCUGAAGCCAGUUUUUUCCCUGGGAACUCCAGAAGUAGUCUUCGAACCUCCAAAAAUUGACUAUGGCCAGUCCAUUCCUUGUGUUCCACACCCUCCUGCAGAUCCAUACUUUGGGAGUAUUAUGGAUGCUUAUGGAUCACAUGCCACUAUGAUGGGAGUGGGAUCUUCAAGUCGAGUUCCUCUUCCACUUGAGCCUGCAGAAGAUGAACCUAUCUAUGUAAAUGCAAAGCAAUACAAUGGGAUCCUUAGAAGGAGACAAUUUCGUGCCAAGUUAGAGGCUCAAAAUAAGCUCAUGAAAGAACGAAAGCCGUACCUUCAUGAGUCUCGGCACCUCCACGCAAUGAAGAGAGAAAGGGGAGCCGGUGGACGCUUCCUUAACAAAAAGGAACGGCAACAGCAGUUCACAUCUACUGAAAAUCUUAACGGGUCAACAACCGAAGCCCGUCAUAGUUUCGCCACCAGUUUAAAUCCCCAUAGUGGAGGGGAAAAUAUGGGAGUUUGGGGCGGUAUGAUCCUCAACGGGUCUUGUCAACGGGUAUUCGUUAUGAGAUAGUCAGACUCGCUAUAAAUUGGACAUCAGCAUGUUUGGUGUUUCCUUUUGCAAAUCA